CCUUCCCUGAAAAGUACUAGACAGUUCAUCAUUCAAUGGGUAUCAUCACGUGGACGCUGUUGGCGGUUGCGCUUGGCCAUGUGGCCACCGGAAGUGGUGCCGCCGAAGAUGGGACCGGAACUGCCCUUACGGAUUCCGGUAGACCGAAGUGCUCCUUUGAGGAACUUUGGGAUGCGGUCGAGGAAUUUCUGGAACAAAUCAAAGAUAUGUUCGGUUCCGGGGAAAUUUCGGUUGAUCUUGGUGAUUUGAUGGAAGAUUUGAACGAUUAUCUGGAGCAACUCACGGGAAAAUCUAACAAGAUGGAGGCCGCCGUGAACAGAAAUAUCGUUCGCCGAAAAAGGCAAGACAGUAAUGGGACAAGUGGGAGCAAGUGGUGGGAUUCGUUGAAGGCGUUUGUCGUGAUCACAAUCGAAAAGAUUCAGGAAAUUUUUUCCAAAUUGUUUGCCACAAGAAAGCGACGAGCUCUGGAUCAAUUUGCCUAUGGUAUCCAGCUGGAGCAACAGAUGGAGCAAGUUGUGAUCCCAAGGCUGCAGAUGCUUAAAUUGACCGCACCGGAGGGAAAAUCGGCCGAGAUGAUUGUUCAACAGCUGAGAAAAGCGCUCGGUGACUUCCGGAUGAACUUCCGGGCAGUUUUGAGCAAGUUUCAGGAAAAAAGGUGUAAAAUUUUCUGAAGAUGCUGAAUUUUUUCUGAGACAUUCUACUGGAAAUCGUGUUCUCUAACAUUUAGCAUUAAGAGAAGAAAAAAUUGAAAUCUUCAAUAUUGUGGGAACAUUAAAAGAUAAUUUUAUUUAAAGCUUGAA